AUGGCAGAGACUUUACUUGUAUUGGUUUACUGCAAUGGUUUAAUCACUACUAGUGAAGACACAAUUAUAUUUUCUUCGGAGUAUCAAUCAUAUUUUUAUGUCGAAAACGACAUCUCUUAUGAAAAUUUAAAGAGAUCCAUUAAAGAAAGCAUUGAGACUGCUGACAACCAAGGAGUUUCAUGUAUCAAAUACCGGCUCCCAAUUUCUUCAGGAUCCGGCAAGAUUUGCUAUCGGUCAUUCAAAUUGAGUAAUGACCGAGAUGUUCGGAUGAUGUUCGACUACCACAAAAGAAAUCCAGAUAUUGGCAUUAUUGAAUUAUACGUGGAGUUCCGUGCUGCAACUUUUGAGGGUUAUCAUUCCCAACAACAAACUGCCCCAGAUGAUGAAGUUCAACGCAAUAUGAGACGGGAGAGGAUUUCAUCACCAUCCGAAUAUGGCCAAUCUAGUGGAGACGAUGAGGACGACGAUGGUGACAGCUUUGGGGAAGACACUGAAGCAAGUGUUGAUGACAUUCAGUUAGAAGAAUGCAAUCUUGAAGAUGUUCCAAUAACCGGCCAUAAUUUCACGAUGGCACCAAUGGAGCCUCCAGCACAUAUGCGGACCCUUGAUUUGGAAGCAAUGUCUGCACAAGAAUUUCUGGAGUACUCUUUAUUUUAUGCCGACACAUUAAGCGGAGCAACAACAAAUGGAGAUCUUCAUGUAGGCAUGAGGUUUAGAAACAAAGAUGAUGCUGUGACCGCAAUUAAGCAUUACUGCUUACUUAAAUCUGUCGAAUACAAAGUUAUUGAGUCUGAUCUGACUCGAUACUCCGAUAAAUGUAAGUCAUAUGGCGAUGGGUGCAAUUGGAGGGUUCGUGCAUCCUACAGCAAGCGGAGACAGCUUUGGGAAAUUACAAAGUACACUGGGCCUCACACGUGUUCAUUAACAAUGAUUUCGCAGGAUCAUUCGAAGCUGGAUUCAAACAUGAUUUCUCGCCAAAUACAAGCACUAGUCCAACAGCAACCAAGCAUCAAUGUAUCGGUUUUAAUAGCGGAGAUCAAGAAUCGAUACGAAUACACACCGACAUUUAAGAUACCAAGAUGGCUAUCAGAGUUGCAAUAG